AUGUGGAGGAAUGACGCAUUAAAUUCCACUAGAAGAUCGAUUUUUCGGCCAAUUGGCCAGGUUGGAUCGAUCUGUGAUGGAGAAUCUCUUAUUUUGAGCUUUUUAGGUGAUGUUCCCUUUAUAAUCGCAUCAAAUUUGAGGAAUUUUCUGGUAUACGAGGCAACAUCACUAAGGGUAGUAUUCAUUUCUCUUCCAUUAAAACAUCGCAUAAAACAUAUAUCGGCAAAAUUCGAAGAUACGUGUCUAGUACUCUCAGAUGGCUCACUACACUCGUUUCAAAGGUAUGACAAUAGGCCAAUCCAUACCGAGCACAAGUCUGAAAUACUUGGAAUCUUCCAUCUAGAGGAUACCCUUGUAAGUUAUAGCGUGAACGAAGUCAUAACUUACUCCAAAGAGGCCACAAACGACGACAAUCGUAGUGUUAAAUGGGUAGUUAACAAGGUUGUGGAGUUUGACGACUCCGUUGUCAUCACACAUGCUAUUCCACUAGGUGGAUUUAAAGACAAGAUUCUCCUUGGAUCAUCAAGCGGGGAGAUGCAUUUACUAAAUGUGAAAAGUGGAAAGAAGAUUUGCACUUUUUCACCAAAAGCCAAUGUAGAUUCUUCAAAUGAUGCCAAGGGGAUAAGUGUCAUUGUACAAUCUACCUCAGAAACACCAAACAUUGUAGCAGUAGGCUACAAAUCCGGUUAUGUCUCCAUAGUGGAUAUUAAUCAUGACAAGAGCUUGGGAGGAUUUAAGUUGUCAAAAGACAAUGGUAUAGCGUGUUCAAUGGCUUUUGCGCAUGCUCCAGAAAGUAAUACAGCUGACAAGUCAGAAGGAAAGCCGAUUCUAGUUAUAGGUACCAGUACUGGAAAUAUUGUUGUAUUUGAUUUAUCCAAGUUUUCCAUUUUUUCCAUAAUUGGUUCGGCGCACUGUACACCUGUUAAGUUUUUAUUGUUUAUAGAAACUUCCAAACGGAUAGUUUCUUCGGGUCAUGAUAACAGUAUAAUAAUAUGGGCAAUGGAUUCAGAUAAAAGCAUCUUGCGGGAAUUAAAGAGUAGGAGGGGUUUCAUAGGCAAAAUCGACCUAAUAAUACCAUAUGAUGAUACUGAAUUAGACAUGCUAGUAUGCAGCCAUUUUAAUGGAGUUGGUUACAUGGGAAAAGCAUCUACUAUACAACAACAUCAAUCCACAAAUUUUUCCUCAAAGGCAGCUAAAACACGUCCAAAGGAAAUAACUGCAAUAUCUGCAUCAUACCAGAGACAUUAUGAUUGGCCUAACAUUGUAACUUGCCAUGCUAAUACACAUCAGGCUCUUGUGUGGAGUGGAUACGGAAAAGUUCUAUCCGAAGGUGUUUUAAGAGUUCAAAAUAUUAAAGCAGUGGCCACUGCCGUAUGUGUUACAAAAUGUGGAAAUUACGUCAUAGUAGGAUAUGAAAAUGGAGAAAUGCACUCAUUUAUACUCCAGAGCUGUAAUUAUGAUAGGGAACUUGUUUACAAGGAUAGUGAUGGCGUGAUCAAAAAAGCACACAGUUCAAAAGUCAUUCGCAUCAGCUUGACGGGGGGGACAAGGAUAAACUCGGUAUGUGAUUCAAAAGAUGACCGCACUAUUCGAACUUGGGAUAUAAUAAGCAUGGGUCUUGAAGCGCAGUAUAACCCGGAUUUACCUUCAGGUUGCAAUAUAUAUUCUGCUCAAUCUGGGAGUGUUUUGUUAUCAUUAGCAUGUUCAGAUGGUUUGAUUUACAUUUGUGAUGUUGUUGGCAAACAGAUUGUUAGAACUUUAUCCUAUGGAAACGUCAAGUCUAUGUCCUUUCAUCCAAAUGGAACUUGGUUUAUCGCAAGCUCUGCAGACUCUACCAUGGUGAUUUAUGAUAUUUUGGCUGCUUGUUAUGUCGAUUACAUAAAAUUUAGUGGAACUAUUUUGGACAUUAAUGUUGAUAGUUCUGGGUCUUUUCUCUAUGUAUCAAAUGAAGAACAUCCCGGAGUUAUUUUGCAAUAUUCCAACAAGUACGCAUUUGAGCUAUUCCCUAAAGCAAUAUUGUACAAGGAUGUACCAAAGAUCCCGUUUGACAUUGAUAACUUUAUUACUGAAGCAGUGAUGGAGUCGGAGAGUGUCGAAGAUGCAGAAGUACAAGUACAUUAUAAAUCAAAAAUGGAGCCCCUUGAACCUGGGUUGAUGACUUUAUCUGGCAUGAGUUCUUCAAAGGCCCAAACUAUUCUCUUUCUUGAUGAAAUCAAGGAUAAAAGCAAGCCAAUUGAGCAAGAGAAGGUCAACGAUGAUCUUCCAUUUUUUAUUCCUACCACUUAUAAGGAUGGUCAACUUGUAUUUUUGGAACCAGAGGAGAAUCAGUCAAAGUACCAAGCUCAGGCUAAACCAAAAGAGUCUCUAUUAAAGUCCACAAAAAUAAAGGGCGAUUUGGAAAAGGUUCUCUCAUCAAAAAAUCCGACAAAGUAUCAAGAUGCGAUGCAAUAUCUAUUGGCACAAACACCUUCUGGUGUCCAUCUUUCUCUGGCGCUCUUGGGAGAUGAUGACAAGGAACAAACGCUAAUUGAAAUGUUAAAGUUUUUCGAACACCAUGCUUCUAACAGGGCCUACAGCGAUGCCGUACAGGUCUUUCUUAACAUAUUUCUCAAAUUCCAUGGAGAGGAGCUCACAAAAAUCAAGAAUCCAGAGCUUAUCAAAACUCUGCAAGGGCUUGGGUCUAGGUUGAGGAGAGACAGUGAAGAUAUUCAGACAAAGUUUGACAAGAUUACCUGCUUUAUAAAGUUCUUUACUCACCUGCAAAUGGAAUGA